AUGUUAUUGUACUUGAAAAUGGAAUAGUUUAUUUUGAACUAACAUGACAACUUCACAUGCAUUAUAACAUUUGAGUAAAUUGCAGAUAACGUUUAUCAGUCUUGUAACCCUUGCAAUACAAUUGUGUACGGAGCAGAAUGUCCUAUAUUCGUCAAUUAAUCAUGACAUUUAGUAAAGUACAACAGUCUUUUAAGAUUUUUAGCUACAUAAGGUCGCAUCAACCGAUCUCAAAUAUUAUACCAACAGCAUUUAUUUACGAUAGGUUAUUAAGAACCACAUCACGUAAAUUACACUUUGUACCUGUGCAAUCAACUUUGCAUUUUUCAACCUCCACUGUUACUAAUACUAGUUCAGAAACCAUGAGUGAAAGUGAAAACAAAACUCUUAAUGUUUAUUACAAUGAUAUUUUAAAAGCUCAAAAAGACAAUAGUAUUUUGAUUAUUGAUGUUAGGGAGAAAGAGGAAAUUGAUGAAACUGGCAAACUUCCAGGAAGUAUUCAUAUACCAAUGGGAGAAGUUACAAAUACUUUACUGAAUCUUUCUCAGAAGGAUUUUAAAGAAAAAUUCAACAGAGAGAAACCUUCUAAAGAUACAAAAAUCAUACUAAGUUGUAGAUCUGGAAAAAGGAGUGGUAUGGUUCAAGAACAAAUACAAAAGCUUGGAUAUGAAAAUGCCUACAAUUAUGUUGGUGGAUGGUUAGAUUGGGAAAAUAGUCAGAAGGUAUAGACUUGAUGACAAUUUUAGUACCUAGUACUAAAGUAGUUAGUUAUUAAAAA